CCCAAAUAUGUGUCAUUUAAAGAAAACUGGUAAUAUAUAAUAAUGAAAUUACACCAACACCCUUGAAAUUAAUUAUUGCCAUCCCCAAUUUUAAAACCCUAAUCGCACACAACAGCCCAACUGUAUAUUCCCUGCACGGAAUCAGGUACACUCCUCGAAUAUAAAGGCAAGUAGCAAAUGGCUGACCAGAAGCAGCAACCCACCAAGGUCAACCAGCUACGCCCUUCAGAUACUGGGCUCAAUUUAACUGUAAAAGUUGUAGAUGCAAAGAGUGUGGUGCAGAGAGGCCGGACUCAAGGGAGAUUUGCUGAAUGUUUAGUCGGAGAUGAGACGGGAAUGAUCAUUUUUUCAGCAAGAAAUGACCAAGUUGACCUGGCGAAAGAGGGAAACACACUUCAACUCACAAAUGCAAAAGUUGACAUGUUCAAGGGGUCGAUGAGGCUCGCUGUUGAUCGAUCUGGCCAUGUUGAAGUUGUUGAUCCUGCAACCUUCUCUGUGGAUGAAAGCAGCAACCUAUCCUUGAUCGAAUUUGAACGCAUCCACUGUGUUGUCUGAACAGUUGACUAUCAAGGAUUUUUAGCAAUUUAUGUUGUGGUGACUCUUCAUCAACUUUCAUUAUCUUUUUACUUAAACGAGCUUGUACGAAAUUUGCAAUCUCUGGGCAGUAUAUAAGUCUUGUUACGUUCAGGAUUUA